AUGACCUCACGUAGUCACUCACCCUCUCCACGGUCAACUUCUUCGACCAGAGCCCAUCCCACCCGCCAGCCAUCGACUGAGGAGUUUGGCGCCUUAGAAGAUCUUCAUCGUUUUCCCUGCGAAUCACUCCACUCGUUUUCCUUCGCACAGCAGUCCGAGGAACUACUUAAUAAUCGACACAACAUCCUGAAGAGGUCUAUAGAUUUCAUGCGCGACCGCUUUGGCUGGACGACGAGCACCAGUUCGGGACUUACUAGCGCUCAGGCUCGUUUUGGUGGAGACGCUGAUACUCAAAGUGUGGUGGAUUUCUUCUCGCGGACCAACGUCUCGGGAAGAGAGGACCGCUACAACUACUCUGGUCUUUCGCGGGGGCCCGUGACCGGCCCUGCAGAUGUGGACAGCGUAAACAUCUUCGAAAGAGCAUUCGCUGAGCCCCAGCUACCCUUGGAUCAGUUCAAGGAGACGGCCCAGGAGCAUGCUUCGCUUGACGCUUUGCGCUCCUCGGGUCAAACAUCGGACGACCUUCCAUCCCCUCUCCGGACGGACAUGAGGCCCUAUCCCAGGCGCGUAAGCAUUAAAAAACGUACAUUUACUGAGGCCGGCUCUAUUGCUGUCCAGGGCAAGCUGAUGGAGACUCUAGCACCUUAUACCACCACGGAUCCCCUAUCACCCACCAGCACCUCCACUCUAGGAUACGGCUUCCCGGUUCCUGUCCUACACACGCACAGCAGCAAGUGGACACCUGCAUCACAAGCCGUGUUCAGGACCGAGUCGCAUGAACCGUGGACCAUCUUGGCAGCGAAUGACAUCUCCUGUCUUAUCUUCGGGGUCACACAAGCGGAGCUCCGCAAGCUAAGUAUCCUAGAAGUGGUACAGAAAGACCGCAGACAGUGGGUGGAGUCUAAGCUGCGGGACCCCGCCACCGAUGCCGCAGCAAGGCUCCAGGCUUCGCCGGAGAAAGCCCGUUUCAAGGCCGUCAAUCCCAAAUCAAUGGGGAUGGGCAAUGGUGUAACAGCGCAGCUGCUCAGCAAACCCCCUUCUCGCUCAAGAGCUCCGAGGAGGGCACAGACCGACGACGGAUACGGCUCGAGCACCAGGCAACUGAAUCACCCGGCAACCAAGUCCCGUGGUGUCCUCCUGUGCGGGGAUGUGGUGCCGAUCGAGAAGCGCAAUGGGAAAAAGGGGGCUGCCAGCAUCUGGGUCAUGGAAAAGCGCGGCGGUUUGAUCUGGGUCCUCGAGGAAAUCCAGGAGAAUGUUGCGAUGGUUCGCUGCGACGAAUCGUGGAAUAUUGCGGAUGCCACGGGGGAUAUCGACAAAAUCUGGGGUCAGGGAGCGGCAAAGCCCGGAGACCGGAUCACGGAGCUCCUCCCCAAUCUCCCGACAGAGUGCCUUGAGAAUUCGAUCGAUCGAGGUCUAGCAAAGAUCACCGAGACGAAAUACUUUGCGACUCGUACGUCCGCUGGCAUUUGCAUGCCAUCCACGAUUUCCAAGGGCGAGAGUCCCAGGAGCCUUCGGAUAUCGAGCUUUCCGCAUGUUGCCGGUAUGAUGGUGCUCUCAUCUUCGACUUUGAAAAUCGUCAGUUCCAAUUCGGUGUUUUGCUCGGCACUAUUUGGCCAUGAGCGACCGGAGGGGCUACACGUGAAUGAUUUGAUCCCUGGGUUCGACAGCUUGCUCAGCGUGCUCACUGAGGAGGAGCGGGUUCCCCUGGUUGAUGGUCUUGUGAUCUCCGAGCCCAGCUUCCGGAGGGCACGAACCCUGUCUAUUCUCCGGGACGGGAAGUCCAACGUGGCCUCGGUCUUUCUAGAACCUGCUGGUUUGGCUGCACUUCACCGCGACGGCUCAUCGAUUGCAGUGGAUGUUCAAAUGCGUGUGGCGAAGAGCGGCACCAUGUUCCCGAAGCCACGAGAGGAUGCCACUUCAGGAGAUGCAGGCGACUCGGAAUUCGAAGCUGUCACAGAGCUUGUUUACGCCCUGUGGGUGAGCUACUCCAGACAUAUCCACUCCGCAGCUCCGGCAGCGAACCUCCCUUCUCCGCCGUCCCGGGCCGACAGCCCAUCUUCCACUUCUGUGUCGAAUCUGCCUUCGACAACGUCUUCCACUUCGCAUCUCAUCGGCACGGAGCGAACGUCUGUCGAGACACACAUACCAACUUCCACCUUGAGCCAGCAACUCAGUGAGGCAGCAUCACAACCGCUAACCGACAAGCCGGUACAGCCGGUGCCUGAAGUGAGACCCGCCGGGGCCAAAGAGACGCCGAAGAAACGAGUCAUCGGUGACUACGUGAUCCUCGAAGAGAUGGGUCAGGGAGCUUACGGAGAAGUCAAGCUUGCGCGCAUGAAGAAAAUCCCGACGAAGAAAAUGGUCCUAAAGUACGUCACGAAAAAGCGAAUUCUUGUCGACACAUGGACCCGAGAUCGUCGCCUAGGAACCGUUCCGCUGGAAAUCCAUGUUCUGGAUUAUCUUCGGCGAGAUGGGUUGAAACAUCCUAAUAUCGUGGAAAUGGAAGGGUUUUUCGAGGACGACGUCAAUUACUACAUCGAGAUGACGCCGCACGGGCUUCCGGGAAUGGAUCUAUUUGAUUAUAUUGAGCUGAAAGCCAACAUGGAUGAGGCAGAAUGCCGGAACAUCUUCAAGCAGGUUGUGGACGCCAUCCACCACCUCCACACGAAGGCGCUGGUUGUGCAUCGCGACAUCAAGGAUGAGAACGUGAUCUUGGACGGUGAAGGUCGGAUCAAACUGAUCGACUUUGGAAGUGCUGCUUAUAUCAAGAACGGGCCCUUUGAUGUGUUUGUGGGCACCAUUGAUUACGCGGCACCCGAGGUUCUUCAGGGCAAAUCCUACCGAGGCAAGGAGCAGGACAUCUGGGCCCUCGGAAUUUUACUUUACACGAUCGUCUACAAAGAGAACCCCUUUUACAAUGUUGACGAAAUCUUGGACCAUCCCCUGCGCGUGCCAUUCCUGCCAUUUUCCGAGGAUUGCAUCGACCUGAUCCGGCGGAUGCUGGACCGGGAUGUCGACAAUCGGUUGACCAUCAGCGAAGUGUUGGAACACCCCUGGAUGAUCGACAGCUGA